UCCGAGUCAAUUCUGACUCAGAGCGACCCUAUAGGACAAAGUAGCACAGCCCCAUAGGGUUUUCAAGAGUGGCUGGUAGAUUUGAAAUGCCAACAUUUUGCUUGGGAGUUAAACUCUUAACCACUGUGCCACCAAGGCUCCAUGAUAAAUGUAAAACACCUACCAAAAAAAUGGGUGCUCAGUAAAUGGUUUGUUAUCUCCGGGGUCUGCUUCCUACAGUAGAAGAACUGUAGUGAACAACCCCCGCCCCCAGUUAUCAUCUCCCAUAGAAAAUAAGUAACUUCCGCUGCUUUGGUCUCGGUUAAUGAUUUCCUAGCCUCUUGUCCUUUACUGCAACCCCCUGCCCUCUGCUUCCUUCCCCCGGCGGAGGCGAGAAGACGGGAUAAACACCUCCCAGAGGAGCUGGGUUCCCCAAAGCACAGAGAUGUGGCAAAGAAAUGGAUGGAGAGCAGCCAGCUUCUGGGAAAGUGACCUCAUGUCUAAAGGCCGAGCAAGGAAGGGCACUUCAGAACUUUGGUCAGGAUGGAGGAGGGAAGGUAUAAGUCUUUGUUGGACAAAGCUCUGUCUGAGUCACACAGGAGGCUGGUUUGUCCUCUGAGUCAUGAAGUCCCAGGGAUUUGUGAAAGAUCAGUCAAGCUAGACUACCAAGUUUGAGUGGGUCGUGCCAACUAGAAGGCUAUAACCACGGGCUAUGUCUAUGUGUCAUGAACUCACUUCCAAAGCUGGUGCUUGCCUCACUUGGAGAUAAUCCCAGUUAUAAGAAGGCUCUGGGGAAACCUGAGGACCCUCACCAUGCCCAUGGACACAAAGCGGGUUCACAGGGAUGCAGAAACCACAGGCAACAAUCAGUAGCCUUAUAGCGUAGGGGCUAAGCUGUCUCAAGAGGUCUCCGUGUCCCAGGGCCAAAGCCUCAACCAUUCCAUCAAAAGGCUCCUUCAGAAGCUAGGCACCAUGAAGGGCCUAGCAGGCCAGGGGCCACCUGCCAAGAGGAGACUGAAGGGGGCAUGCAGUCAGCUCUCUGGCCUCCCCAGUCAGUGUCAUCAUGCUUGUCAUUGGAAGAAAGCAGGCCAGCUGGCAACUCCACUCCACCCUUCUCCCUGUCCCCCACCCUCCUCUGCCUUCUACACAUCAUAUAUCAUCAGGCACCAGUCUGGGAAGUGUGCUGCCUGAGAUUUGGCCUCCUCAAGGAGAAUGUGGCCUCAAGGGGCCAUCUUUGUGGCCCUUCCCCACCUAGGGCCUAUUAUGGUGUGGCUGUUUGCCCGUCAUCAAAUGCCUGGUUGGUGUAAGGGCCUCAGGAAGCUGCCCUGGUGCCCACCCCACAAAGCCUUGUUGCUCGUGUGGACAGCCAUCUACUCGGUCAUGGGCUAUGCCUCCUACCUGGUGUGGAGGGACCUGGGAGGGGGCCUUGGGUGGCCCUUAGUCCUGCCUCUUGGCCUCUAUGCUGUACAGCUCACCAUCAGCUGGACCGUCCUGAUUCUCUUUUUCACAGCCGACAACCCUGGUCUGGCCCUGCUGCACCUCCUGCUGCUCUACGGGCUAGUGGCGAGCAUGGCACUUAUCUGGAACCCCAUCAACAAGCUGGCGGCCCUGCUUCUACUGCCCUACCUGGCCUGGCUCACCAUGACUGCUGUAAUCGCCUACCACCUGUGGAUGGACAGCCAUUGUCCAGAGCACCAGCCUCAGCCCAAAGAGGAGAAGGGUGACUGAGGCACUAGGGCAUCGGAGAGGAGGGCCAGGGCAGGGAGGGGAGAAGGGACUGCAGACAGGGCUUUGGAGCUAGGGCAGGGAGAGGGGCGGAGAGGAGCUGGCCAGGGAUUGAUGAUUCCCUAAGGGUAACCUGUCCCAAUGUGGCCACCCUCCUAGGUCCCCUGGUGCCACUUGUCAUGAAAAUUCAGAGAAAUGGGAAAGGAGAAACUUACUUUACUUUUUUUUCACAUGCAAGUAAUAAAAUCCUGUUACUAGCUUUGAGUAUGUGAUGUGACCGUAGGUGUGGAGGGCUGCAGGGUGUGAAUAGGAGGGUCUCUGUGUGUGUGUAAGUCUGUAAGUGCAUGUGUAGGGAGGAGUGGGCACAUUGUCACCAGCUCCACCCACUGCCCCCCAAACCCAGCAUAAAGAUUUUGGAUGCCGAUUUUUUUUUUUAAUACUGUGGUAAGAUAAACACACCAAAACAUUUGGCAAUACCGUAACUUCCACAUUUACAAUUCAAUGACAUUGAUUACAUCUUUUAUGUUGUGCCACCAUUAUUCCUAUCUUUUUUCAAAACAUUACACCACAAUUAACAUAAACUCAAUGCCCCCCAAACAAGAAUGUCCCCUUUCCCCCUCCCUCCCACCUCUGGUAGCCAUUAAUAAACUUCAGUUUCUAUAUACUUGCUUAUUUCACAUGUGAGAUCAUACAGUAUUUGUCCUUUUGUGACUAACUUUUUUCACACAGCAUAACGUUUUCAAGGUUCAUCCACGUGGAGGACUCAAGUACCUGAAAAACAAAAUCUUUUUAAAAACUUACCUAAAAGCAAUCAAAAAACUCCCAACAAAAAAAAAGCCCUGGCCCAGACAGCUCCACUGCAGAGUUCUAUCAAACUUUCAGAGAAGAGUUAAUACCACUACUACUGAAGGUAUUUCAAAGCAUAGAAAAUGAUGGAAUACUACCUAACUCAUUCUAUGAAGCCACCAUAUUCCUGAUACCAAAACCAGGUAAAGACACCACAAAAAAAGAAAAUUACAGACCUAUAUCCCUCCUGAACAUAGAUCCAAAAAUCCUCAACAAAAUUCUAGCCAAUAGAAUUCAACAACAUAUCAAAAAAAUAAUCCACCAAGACCAAGUGGGAUUUAUACCAGGUAUGCAAGGCUGGUUUAAUAUUAGAAAAACCAUUAAUGUAAUCCACCAUAUAAAUAAAACAAAAGACAAA